AUGUCUAACGUCGAAGUCAUUCGGGACUUGACCGAGUCGCUGAUUGCCCAGUUUAUCGAAAAUGACUCGUUACAGAAGUACCAAAAUGUUACUAAGACUCAAGUGGAGGGAGCGGUGAAAGCGGCUGUGAGAGCGUUUAAAUUUUCACUGAAUAUUCAAACUGGCACGUCCACUAUCAGGCCUGAACUUGAUGUCAAACUGGCGGACGCAGACGGGCCCUUGCGGGGACCUCACGCCGAGAAAACAGAGUCGAAGGAGGUCAUUUCUCACAAGUCCUCCUUGUUUCCAACUUGCUUCAAUCGACUUGCCAAGUUUCGAGAAGAGUCGAAGGCGAUUGACGUUGUGAUCAAAUCGGGACCACUACGAAUUGGGGCGCAUAAAGUCGUCAUUUGCUCAGCAAUCCCCUACUUCCAGGGGCUUUUUAUGUCACUGAGGAAUAACCCGGAGACAUCGGAAGUUUCAAUAGAAAUUCCAGGCGUAGAUCCUGCAAUCAUCAUUUCAUUGAUUGAAUGGGCGUACAUUGGUGAGAUAAAGCUCACUAACGAAACCGUACAGUCUCUCCUCGUCGCUGCUGGAUAUCUAGGCUGCGAACAAGUAAUCACAGCCUGUUGCGACUUUAUUGAGCGGCGCAUGAGCACUGAAAAUGUCCUCGAAGUUGUCCAGGUCGCAGAGAGCUUGUCAUGCCACGAUUUGGCCCGGCGAGCUCGGCAGUACAUAGACCGCUAUUUCUGCGAUCUUUUUGGACUUCCUGUUUGGACAAGCGCUCCUGCUGAAUUAGUGAUGAGUAUUCUUGGCUCAUCUGACUUGUAUGUCGAGCAGGAGGCGAAUGUCUGGUCAGCGUUCAAAAUCUGGCUCAUCGCAAACCCAUCUUGCGAGGCAAACCUCGUCCAUGGGAUGCUCAGCCAAGUUCGCUUGCACCUGCUGCCGCCGCAAUUCAUUCGCGACGAGGUCUUGAUCUUCGAUUUGGUUUCGAGCAAUAUCCAAUGCCGUAACUUGAUAGAUGAUGCAAUAUUGCGCCAUUGCAAUGUUGAGUUCUCGCGAAUGAAAGUUUGCGAUCCAGACGAUGAUGGGCUGCUGAUUGAAAGUGAACGACUAAACCCCAGAUAUUGCUCGCACUUGCAGAAUCACAUUUAUUUACUUGGCGGUUUCGCGUCAAACGCUGUCCACGAGUCCAUCAACAUUGUCGAUAUGUUUGACUCCAGUUCAAAGCAAUGGAAGCACAUGCCACAAAUGAAUCGUUGCCGAGGACGACUUGGGGUGGCCGUUUUGAAUGGAAUGCUCUACGCACUGGGUGGCUUUGAUUGCGCCGUGAGAUUGAACUCAGCUGAACGAUUUGACCCUAAAACAAACAAAUGGGAAGUCGUCGCUAGUAUGUUAUACUGUAGAAGCGCGCCGGCAUGCUCGUCGAUGAACGGUCGACUUUAUGUAUCUGGUGGCUAUAACGGCGACCUCUGCCUCAACAGCUGCGAAUGUUACGACCCUGUUAGGGACGUUUGGGAAGAAGUUCCAUCGAUGCAACGAUCUCGAUCCGCAGCGGCAGCGGUUUGCUUUGCCGGUAAAAUGUUCGUCACUGGCGGAUGCGACGUCGUUCAAUUCUUCAAUUCUGUGGAAGUCUUUGACGGAAAGAAGUGGACCGAGUUUCCUCCGAUGAUACACAAUCGUUGCCGACAUGGAAGUCUCGUUUUCCAAGGCAAGCUUUGGGUCGUAGGCGGGUAUAACGGACGCUUCUUGCAAACUUGCGAGCAGUACAGCUUCGCCACUCAACAAUGGACUCCCAUGACUCAGGAGAUGAAUGUUCGACGAGCUAGAGUCGGCGUUGCAUCAUCUGGAAACAAGCUCUAUGCGAUCGGCGGGUAUGAUGGAAUGACCAAUCUGUCGUCCAUCGAAAUUUACGAUCCAGAAGAAGGCACGUGGUCCCUCUCAGGAAAUAUGAACCGGCAUGAGGGAGGUGUAGCGCCAGCAAAACAUCUUACAUCUUACAAGAAAAUGACCAUCGAAAUUGCUGCUGAUGGCUUGGCUAAGCAAGAUAAAGAUAACUUAGAUUUAUCAAGCCUUGCUGCUGAUACUCCGGAAGUUAUUUCCAGACAGGCCACAAUUAAUAUCGGUACGAUUGGCCACGUAGCCCACGGAAAGUCGACCGUGGUGAAGGCGAUCUCCGGCCAGUCGACCAUUAGAUACAAGAAGGAAUUGGAAAAGAACAUUACAAUCAAACUUGGUUACUCAAAUGCUAAAAUUUACCAUUGCGCGGACGUUCCAAGGCCCGAAGCUUACAUGUCCAGCAGCUCAUCAGACAAAGACGAGAUCACGAGGGAGUUUGAAGGAAAAGCGGUUACAUACAAGGUGCAUCGACACGUCUCCUUUGUUGAUUGCCCCGGUCACGACGUUCUUAUGCAGACUAUGUUGAACGGUACCGCUGUCAUGGACGCUGCUAUCUUGCUUGUAGCUUGUAAUGAACCUUGCCCGCAGCCUCAAACGAAAGAGCACAUGGCUGCUAUCGAGUUGAUGGGACUGAAACAUAUCAUUGUUCUCCAGAACAAGAUCGACUUGAUCCAUCAAAACUCUGCUAAGAGCAACUACAUGGACAUUCGUAAAUUCAUCCAGGGCACACCAGCCGAUACCUCACCAAUUAUCCCCAUUUCUGCACAGAUGAAGUAUAACAUCGACGUUCUCUGCGACUACAUUUGCAACUACAUCCCCCUUCCUCUCAGAGACUUCACUGAACAGCCUAAGAUGAUCGUCAUCCGAUCAUUCGACGUCAAUAACCCUGGUUCUGAGGUGCACGAACUCAAGGGAGGUGUAUGUGGAGGCUCGCUCAUGCGCGGUGUCCUUGUUCUUGGCCAGGAGAUCGAAAUCAGACCUGGAGUUACUGUCCGAGACGAUGCCAACAACUCGCAAGUGUUCCCAACAAAAUCGAAGAUUAUGUCUUUGAAAUCAGACAAAAAUGAUCUUCAGUACGCCGUUCCUGGAGGUCUUAUCGCCGUUGGAACGAAGUGCGAUCCAUUCUUGUGUAGAUCGGAUCGAAUGGUCGGUCAAAUUCUUGGUACUCCUGGCACGCUUCCUCCUGUUUUCCGACAGAUUGAGAUCCGAACUCAUUUACUUCCUCGUCUCCUUGGUGUUGCUGCCGAUGAAAACAAGAAGAAGGAAUCGAAGAUCAAGCCGCUUGAAAAGAAUGAAAAUCUUAUGUUGAACAUUGGUUCGUUGAGUUGUGGAGGUCGAAUCAUCAAUGUGAAAGGAAGAAGCGCUCGACUGAUGCUCCAGCAGCCCGUGUGCACGAGUGAAGGCGAGAAGAUCGCCAUUUCGAGACGUAUCGACAGAGCCUGGCGAUUGAUCGGUUGGGGCGAUAUCAAGAAGGGUGUCAAGAGCGAACUGGGUGGUGUCAAGGACGAAGAUAAUUAA